GUUUUAUCUGGCUUUGUAAAAUGACGAUAUUCUUUGUAACAUAAUACGGGUUGUGUUUGUUCUUAGGCCCUGUGAUCUUUCUGCUGAAUUUUCGGUAAGAUUCUCAGAUUGAAGAUCAAAUAAUUUAUUUGCAUUGAAGCAAUUAAGCAUGCAAAAAUCCUUUUUCAGAGUCAUUUUGUUUCAUUAGUCAUAUUCAUUUUAAAGGCCACUCAAGGAUGUCGAAGAGGGGGGGGUGUGUGCGGGGGUCAACCGCCCCUUUUGCAUUUUGAUAGGAGGGGCAAGGGGGUCAAAGUUCCCUUUUCAUAGAAGUUCCCUUAUCAUCGGUCGUUUGUACGAAAGAUUCUUAUGAAAUUCUUACUGUACUGUCUUAUUCAUGACGAUAUUUUUCAAAGUUUGUAAAGAAAUUUCUUAUGCCAAAAUUUAGCCGACUUUCAAGAUACCUACAGAAGAUCGAAACAAAAGGACAGUUACGAAGAAAUUGCUGGUAGCUGGGAAUUAUUUUUCAAAUGCCCUUCUACUCAAGCCUGCUCCCUUGCCCUUACUCUAUAUUCCUUCGCACACGUUGAGUUUCCAAGUUCCUAAUGCCCGUAUUCCAGGUGUUCAUGAUUCUUACAAUGAUUUAUAAAGCUUUUGAUUUCAAUAGCUGUCACUGUUCGCGAAUUGUUUCGUGCCAAUGUAAUGAAUCGCGAUUUCAAUGUGUUACACCUCUGCGGCCCAGUUUGUCUGCGGAGUGUAGCAAAACAAAGCCAUCGCUAAAAGCGGUUAUUAGCUGGAUGUGUUUCCAAAACAAAUUUUUCAAACUGUUCGGAGGACAUGGUUUCAGGCCUGCUUCCAAGUCGACAUGUUUUCGUACACAGACAUGAUCUGAUGGUAUUGCAAGCUGAUAAUUCUGGACAGACCUACGCAUAAGACAUGGAAUUGUACUUCUUGCUUCGUUAUGUGACUGGCCUCAUGCGUUGAUGAAAAGCCUUCGAUUUGUAUUGGUGGCAGAGCGACGAUGACUACAGCAAUCGUUGAGCUACUAAACGGGCUUCAUGGCUACCUUAUUAUAUCGAUAAUGCGACUAAAUUCAGGCUUACAGCACUUUUCGUGAUAUUUUGAAAGAAGCACUUCAUCGUCCCAAGAAAGCGACAACAAAAGGCAAUUUUUGAUAAAAAACACAUGAAGGAGUCGAGCAAAGAGAGUGGGAUGCGAAGCGCUCGUGUCAGCCCAAACCAGGGCCAGACCAUAACCAAUUCGAAUGGUGUUAAAUCGGUCGAUACGACAAUCAAUGUCCAGAAAAUCGCGGUCCUCCCUGACACAGAUCAGUCAAGUAAAGAUCCAGCGGGAGGAGAGCAUAAAAAUGGGGUCACAUCCCAUCCAAAGUCGAUUUUACGAAAAGAGACGAGAUACCCGAGCCCGGAACCGACUACGGGCCUUGUUGACUUCUUACAGCGGAUUUUAAACCCAGAAUUCGAUAGCCCAGCCUUGGAGCGAAUAUACCGUCGUUAUUUCACGAAACAAAAACGCCUUUCAAUAAUAUUUCUUGUUCUUACUUCGAUUGUGGUGAAUAUUGGAUUGAUCAUUUUGUACAGUGUACAUUUUACUUGGAACAGCAACCUGCAAACAAAAAGGAUUGUAAUAUCAUGCACAGCCUUGGCAUUUGACUGCUUGUUAAUUGCCCUCUUUGUUUGUUCUCCAAAAUGUGGCCCGAACCCCGUUCUCCCUCGUUUGGCCUGGAUUUCCAUGCUCCUUCAAUUGAUUCUCGAUCUCUGUUUAAAUUAUUCGCCACUUACCCCGUUGGAUUCUGUGGGCAUGUUCGUCUUUUUCGUCUACCUGACCUAUUCGCUGCUACCGUUUCGGUUAUAUUCCUGUGUUGCUAUUGGCCUUUUGGUAACCGUAAUCCACAUUACUUUUACUGGAGCACUGGCCUCUCGGAACAGAGAAUACUUAAAAGAUCUGCUUGGUGCAAAUGCACUGAUAUUUGUUGCUGCAAAUAUAGUUGGAUUGAUAGAUUACAUAGUAACAGAUGUCAAUCAGCGAAAGGCCUUCAUGGAAACGAGGGAAGCUCUGCAAGUCAAGAUAACACUGGAGCACCAAAAUAAAGAACAGCGAAGAUUGUUGUUGUCAGUACUGCCAGCACAUCUCGCAAGCAAAAUCAUCAAAGACAUGAAGCACGAUGGAAGACUGCUGGAAGAUGCUUCUGGGUUCCGCGAAAUAUACAUCGACAAGCACGAGUACUGCAGCAUUUUGUUUGCUGAUAUUGUUGGAUUUACAAGCUACUCCUCAACUGUUCCGGCCGAAGAGCUAAUUAUUAUGUUGAACGAGCUAUUUGCAAAUUUCGACAAGCUGGCCAAGAAAAACAACUGUGAUCGAAUAAAGAUUUUAGGAGAUUGCUAUUAUUGCAUAAGUGGUUUAAACGAUAAAGAAGAAGACGCUAAGGCACAUGCUGUCGAUUCUGUUGAAAUGGGCCUGGACAUGGUAGAGCAUAUCAAAAAAGUUCGUGAGCAAACUAAAGUUAGCGUAUUGGACAUGCGUGUUGGCAUCCAUUCAGGAAAUGUUUUAGCUGGUAUUUUAGGCCAACAAAAAUGGCAGUUCGAUGUCUGGUCCAAUGACGUCACCCUAGCAAACAAGAUGGAAUCGUCAGGCAUCCCAGGGCGUGUGCAUAUCACAGCAACAACGUUUGAGCUGAUCCAGGACGUUUAUGAGGUUGAAAAUGGAGAGGGUGAAAAAAGGAGUGAAUACAUCAAAGACAAUAACAUUCAAACAUAUUUAGUUUCUUCAAAGAAAAAGGAGGAGCCCAGUUCAACGGAUUUGCAAGAAGUUCAGCUUUCAAAAAAGGAAAUAGAGAAGCCUGCUAGAAAAUUCAGUAGAAUUGCAAACGUGGCAAGGAUUUCAUCUGCUGUAAGGCGACGAAAGUCAGGGGAAAGCCAGAGUCGAGAGAUGUCUGAGACCAUUAUUGGAGCUGACGAGACGACUGUUGCGGGUCCGCUGAUGGGGAGAAGACGAAAUCAGGACGAAGAAGAGUUAAAUGGGAUUUUGGCUGAAGCUCUGGAACACAAACAGACCCAGUUUGAAACCAUAGUGAAUCAUUAUACUUUGAAAUUCAAAGACAAGAACUUGGAGCAAAUGUACUCUUCACAGAGCAGGAGCUACUGCGUCCUUGCUGUAUCUUGCACACUGAUUGUAAUUCUUGCUUCGUUUUUUGUGGAGCUGAUUGUUUUCCCACAAUCCUUGUCUAACUAUCUUUCGUCUGGAAUAUCUUUUCUGUUAAUAUCCGUGUUCAUACUGUUGAUAUCGGCCGAGAGAUUCGGUAACAAGCUGCCAUCGUUUGUGAUUUCCGUCUCAAAGACAAUGCAUUACUCGACCCCCGUCCGAAACCUCAUUGCCUGCAUUUGUGUUUUCCUUGUAAUAUCUGCUGAAGUGACGGAUAUGAGAUAUUGCGAUUCUGGAAGUAAGAAUAUUUCGACACUUAACACAACUAUCUUGAUACCAAGAUCCAGUGAAUGCGAAUACAUUCCAUACUUCAGUUACAAUGCAGUGCUCAUACUGAUCACAGUAUCAGCGAUGAUCCAGCUCAGCUUUCUGCUCAAAGGAUUUCUCAUGACAGUCUGUGUCGCUGUUUAUAUUCUGAGCUUCCAUCUUAUCGUCGGGGAUGAAUUUGAAUAUUACGACGCGGUUAUCUACCACGGUGAUAAAACCAUAGCUGGAAAAGGGGUAUUCCUUUCUGUGGUUCUUGGUGUAUGCUUCCUGAUUUUGAUAUUGCAUUCAAGACAGGUUGAAAUAACAUCAAGAAAACUCAUGUUGUGGAAGAAAGAUGCUCAAGAUAAAAAGGACGAAGUGGAGACUUUACGGUAUCGCAAUGAGAAACUUAUGCAGAACAUACUGCCGGUUCACGUCUGUGAUCAUUUCCUUUUGAACCAAGAACGAGACGAGACAGAACUGUAUAGCAGAUCGUACGAUACUGUGGGUGUGAUGUUUGCCUCGAUCCCUUCGUUUUCUGAGUAUUAUACCGAGGACAGCAUCAACAAAGGAGGCAUUGAAUGCAUGAGACUAUUGAAUGAAAUCAUUUCUGAUUUUGACGAGGCCUUGAACGAUCCAAGAUUCAAAAGCAUCGAGAAAAUCAAAACUGUAAACAGCACAUUUAUGGCUGCUUCUGGUCUCUUUGAAGAGCCUUCACCCAACAGAGAGAAAUGGCAACAUUUGAUCGACCUAACCGAUUUCGCCUUGACUUUAAAGCAUAAAUUGGACUGUAUAAACGCUGAAACUUUUAACAAUUUUGAGCUUCGAGUUGGCAUGGCUCAAGGACCUGUGGUAGCAGGGGUAAUUGGUGCAAAGAAACCCCAUUACGAUAUUUGGGGUAAUACUGUCAACAUUUCAAGCAGGAUGGAAAGUACUGGCAAGCCUGGCGUGAUUCAGGUGCUGAAAGAUACGUAUGAAAUACUCAACACCCGUGGAUUCCAGUUUGAGCAACGAGGCUACGUUUUUGUAAAAGGAAAAGGGAAUCUACUGACAUUUUAUUUGCUGCGGAAGACUUCUCCUUUCAAUUAAGACUCUCCGCUGAAAGUUUUAUCCAUUCUGUUGUGAACACCAUAACGAAGACUUUGCUAACUUGCUGGGCGAAAAGCAAAGGAACUUAACGUGGGGUCACGGAUCCUGAGGUGCAGGAAGAAGAACGAAGGUCUUCCCCUUUUCUCUUUGAUUUUCUUGUCUAUAAACAGUAAGUUAUGCAAAAGGACAUUAUAAAAGGCUUGAUUAAUCAAAAAGCUUAACCUUCUUAAGACUAUUCGUAAGGUAAAUGAGUGAUUAUAUUGUAGAUAGAAGGAACGUUCUGUGUAUCGUGAGAUUAAUAUUAUGUUUAAUUGGGUAAGAGGGUGCUUAAUUUAUAGAUCGUAAUAUAUUGUACACACAAAUCAAAUCUGGUGUAUGUAUCACCUAGUACGACAUUGAGUUAUUAGCUCAAAACAGUGUUUAGAACGCAGAUUUCGUUGUUGUGACUAAUCGAACGAUGUUCACAAUGAAGAAUACAGGCUCUAGGUGCAUAACACCAAUGAUGACGAGGUACCAUUUCGUACAGGUGUAUACCUUCUUGUAUAGGUCUAACACAAUUUAUUGACUCAGGAGAUUCAACUCAUCCGUUAGUGCUCAUAUCGUUCAACUCGUCUUUCCUAACCAGUAUAAGAUUUUCUCUCUAAAAUAGCACCUUGUUCUACAUCUGUAUUUAAAUUUGAUGUUGGAUUCGUGGCAAGUUCAUUUCCUCAUCUUUCAUUGAGAAAUUGUAUUUAUGAUAGUUCAGUGUAUGUCUGCGCAAAAAAGGCAAGCAAAUCCGGUCCGUAUUCCUAACUGAUUUAGGCUACAAACAAUAUCUCCUCAAUUCUGUAUUCUGCUUGUGACCGUACCGUACUUCACCUAAAGUCCUUUAUUCUCUUCGAAACAAAAAUAAUUUCCCUUUAGCAAAUACAAUGGAAACUUUCAAUUUGUUCAUAAUUUCCUCUGCUAUUGCAUCAUUUUCAAUGACUUUUGGCAGUUAGUUUUAGCCAAGAUUCUCUGUUUGUAGAUAGUCGUUUUCGUGUAACGGUACGUGAAAUAUUGCAGAAAUUCUUGUUUCCUGCGUAAACAAUAAAAUAAGAAACUCUUUUUCAGAAAGUAGCAACCUUCCCCUGCUGCAAUUCUCAGAAUCAGUUCUGAUUCAAAGAAGUAAUCCAGCUCUGACUUUGCAAAUGGCUGUUUUUUAAAGCAUAGGAGAGCCAAAAAAUAUCUGCCUAGUUCAGUCUUGUGCUUCUUUGCUUCUAAACGGCUAAUAACCAUACUCCAUGUGUCCAUAUACUUUUACAUACAUAAGAAGUACUACUCCCAUCUCCAGGUAUCUUGUACUAGAAGCACGGAAAUCUUUUUAGAUGAAAUUUUAAAUAGUGUGUGUUGAGUAGAUUAAAUAAUGCACUUGAAAUGGCAAAUAACGAGAAAUUGUAA